UUACUGGACAUGUGAACAAAAAAAAUAGCUUUAUAGCUCAUCGGAUUCCCCCUGCAGUGGCAAUAGUAUUUCUGAUAUUGGGUGGUGCUACUAGCUCACAGCACUUGCCCCGACAAGUGUGCCAAGGCUAUACGGGGGAUCUUUACCUUUGGUGUGUCUAUUUGAGUAGUGACGUCACGCCUCGCGCGAGCGGGAGGGGGAGUGUUCAUAAAGUGGGCGGAUCCAACCUCGAUUCGGUCAGGCGUCCGCGAUUGGCUCAGGCGGUUGGCGCGAGACGUCGGCGGCGUGCGCCGAUUGGCCGAGGGCCCGGUGGCGAGAUGACGCGCGGGUUGAAGUUGGACAGUUGGGGGACGGCGCGCGCACAGUGGACAACACGGCUCUCUCCGUGCCGCCCUCUGAACUCCUCGCCAUGACCUCUCCGGCCGGGCAGCAGGAGGCCUCCUCUCCCGUGCGGACCCUCACGUGCACGGCGCCCGUCAACAUCGCCGUCGUCAAGUACUGGGGCAAACGCGAUGAGCAACUCGUCCUGCCCAUCAACUCGUCCCUGAGCGUGACGCUGCACCAGGACCAGCUCAAGAGCACGACGACCGUGGCGUCGAGUCCGCGGUUCCCGCGCGACCGCGUGUGGCUCAACGGGAAGGAGGAGGACGCGCAGCACCCCCGGCUGCAAGCCUGCCUGCGCGAGAUUCGUCGCCUCGCGGGGAAGCGGCGGCACGAGGAGGUGGACGCGGAGAGCGACGAGGACGACAACGGCAACCCCAGCGGCGGUGAUGGCGGCGGCGGCGGUGAUGGCGGCGGCGGCGGCGGCGGUGAUGGGCGCCCUCCCCCUCCUCACCAUCACCUGCACGUCUGCUCCAUCAACAACUUCCCGACGGCCGCAGGACUCGCGUCGUCCGCGUCCGGAUACGCCUGCCUGGCGUACUGUGCGGGGCGCCUGCUGGGCGUGGUGAGCGGCGAGGUGGCGAGGAGCGAGGUGAGCGUGGCCGCGCGUCUCGGCUCGGGCUCGGCGUGCCGCAGCGUCCUGGGCGGCUUCGUGGCGUGGGAGCGCGGCACGCUGCCCGACGGCACCGACAGCGUGGCCCGCUCCGUGCGGCCCCACGGACACUGGCCCCAGCUGAGGGCCCUCGUGCUCGUGGUGAGCGCUGACCGGAAGCUCGUGGGCAGUACGGCCGGCAUGCAGACCAGCGUCCAGACAUCGGAGCUUUUGCGGCUGCGAGCCGAGCUGGUGGUGCCGCAGCGCAUGGCGGCGGUGUCUGCGGCGGUGGCGGCGCGCGACUUCCCGGCUUUCGCCGAGCUCUGCAUGCGCGACAGCAACCAGUUCCACGCGACGUGCCUGGACACGUUCCCCCCGCUCGCCUACCUCACGGACGCCUCGCGCGCCAUCGUGGCGUUCGUCCACGCGCUCAACCGCGCCAGCUCACGCACCGUGGCCGCGUACACGUUUGACGCUGGCCCCAACGCGGUUUUGUUCGUGCUCGAGGGAGACGCCGGGGCCCUGCUGGGACUGCUGCGGCGCUGCUUCCCUCCCGCCGACCGCCACGACAACGGAGAAUCGUUUAUCCGAGGCCUCCCUGUCGAGGCUGUGAAACCCAGCGCUGAGCUGGAACAAAAACUGAAGUUUGACCCCUGCCCUGGCAUCAUCCGCUACAUCAUCAGCACCCAGGUGGGCCCGGGACCCCAGGUGUUGUCGGACCCCGACUCUCACCUCUUGGGCCCUGACGGCCUCCCCAAGGCUCCGUGACCACGGCCCCAGCUCAAACCUAGAGGCACGGACGUCUGGGGCUAGCGGCUUCUGUGCGUGCGUGCGUGCCAGGGAGUGUGUGUGUGUGUGUCCACGCGAGUGUCUGAGAUGGUGUGGGUGUGUCCGCACGUGAGUCUGCCGGAUGUUACGCACGUUGAACUUCGUUCGCACCGUACGUAGCCAACCGCUCUAAUCGAAGGUGCGGAGGAAUGAGAACAAACUACUAAACAACAACAACAAGAAGCAGUUUUAAAGAAACGAGUUUUAAAUCUAGACGAUGAUUUGUAAUUGCACAGCUCAAGUGGCUUCCUAACAUCGGAAGGCAGAGGCAUUCCAGACGGCCGCAGAAGCCGCCACUGCUGCCGCUGCGAGGAUGACCGGAGUCCGCGUGAUGACGGUUCACGCUCCUUGGAUUUUGCGGUUAAUUUGUGGCCAGCGCUUUGUGCGCGGCGAGUGGAUAUUUGCCCCAUCGGUCAGUGACGGGCAAGGUGGGCAAUCUUUGUGUCGUGCGGUUCAUGCUGCGCGUGAUGCCGUGUGAUGUCGACGCAGCCGUGUGAAAAGUCAGCGUUAGCGCGGGCCUGUCCUGUGUGCUUGUGUAACAGGGCGAGUGGGUGGGUGAGCGAAUGCAUGGGCGAGCGAAUGAGUGAGUGAGCGAGCGAGCGAGCAGAUGUCUGUGGGUAAACUUAGCGGGGGUGAGCGAGUGGGUGGGUGGGUGGGUGAGGAUGGGUAGCUGAGCGCCACGGUGUGACCACGCAGAUUCCUUGUCAAUCCACAAUUGGAAAACUUUGAUCAGACGAUGUAGACUGGAGGAAUCCGACGAGCUGCGAAGCUCUUUUAAAACAAAUAAUUUUGAAGACGUCCGGUAAAGUUUCCCACCGCUGAAGGUCGUGGCCCCCCACUACCUUUGUAAAGUUGCCCGUCGGGCGGGCAACUUUGAUUCGCUCGGCGUGGACGCUGGGUGGUGGAGGGUUCUGGCGUGAGCGGUGGCCAGGCCGGCCACCUCCGCCACUGCUGUGGCUCAGCGCUGUGGAGGCAACAGCAGCAGCGAGGAUUGGUGGAUCACGCACAGAUGGGUCGUGAAACUGCCUUCCCCUAACCGUGGUGGGGGGGGGGGGGGUGUCAAGGGGGGGCCAGGUAGAAGCAGAGUGUGUGGCCUAAUCUCCAUCUGUUUAUUCCAUCUGUACGGGGGUGGUGGGGGGGUGGGUGAGGGGAUAGAGCGUUGCCCCCUCGCGCAAGGCGCGCGUGUGGUGGUUUUCUCCCGCGGGCUCCGGUUUUCUCCUCCCCGCGUGAAUAAUAAACGCCGCUCGCCGUUAACUCGCC